GAACACGAUGAGGAUUGUCAAGAAAUAAGGCAUGCAAAGUGUUCAAAAGAUAAAAUAUGUGUAUGCAGAGACAAUAAUGUUGCAUUAAAUGAUACGACAUGCGUACCACUUUUAGGAGAGUUUUGUUGGAAAAAUGAAGUAUGCGCAGCUAAUAACUCGUUAUGUAUUGACAAUAAAUGUCAAUGUACGGCAAAUUUUGUUCCUCAAUCUAAAUUUCAAUGCAGAAAAGCAAUGUUAGGGGAUUUCUGUGAAAUGAAUAUAGAUUGCCACGAAGUAAUGCAUGCACAAUGUUCAAAAUAUAAAACAUGUGUCUGUAGACCAAAUCACAUUGCAUUGAAUUCCGCUAGAUGUGCACCACUUUUAGGAGAAAAUUGUUGGAAUAAUGAAGAAUGUGCAACCAUUAAUUCUGUUUGUCUUCAUAGUAAAUGUCAAUGUAAAAAUAACUAUACAGCAAAUUCGAAUAACUUGUGUGAAUCAAUUGAAGUAAAUGAACCCUGUAAUACCCAUAAAGAUUGCAGAAAGACAAGAAAAUAUACACGAUGUGCUUUGGAUAAAGUGUGCCAAUGUGAUUAUUUCUACGUACAAAUGGACGAUAAUUCAUGUGCGCCGAUUUUAAACCGAUUUUGUGAUGAAAAUGAUAAAUGUGCGCCUCAUAACUCUACAUGCAUUAACAACAAAUGUCAAUGUAAAGCUAACUUUGAAGCUGUAUCACGUGAUCAAUGCCUACCAAAAUUAAUCAAAGUUUGAAAUGUAACGUCCAUAUUUACAAUUUGAUCAAUUAAUAGCUGAUCGUAGAACUUCAGGACAAUAAAAACAAAUUGGGCAAAAUAAAGAAAACUUAAAAAAAUCAGAGUUAUGCACUUUUACAGUGCUCUUUAUUUAUAUAUAAUAGAAUAUCGCUUGAUAUGUACAAUAUUUUUAAUAUGCAUAUAAUUUAUAAUAACAUUGCAUAGAAAUUAUUAUUCAUAUAUAUUAUCACGUAAAUAUAAUUAUUACAAUAAAUAUAAAACAAUAGUCAUCAUAACAAAUAUAUGACAUUAAAAAAUUUUUAAAUAAUGACAGACAUUUUUUUGUUUUUGUAAAAGUUAAAAUUUCAUAAUUAUUUAUACUAAUUAAAAAUUCAUAUAAAUGCUGUGAAAUUUAUGAAUAAAAAGCCUCAUUAAAGCUGUAA